UUCAGUCAGUGACCACAGUUUGUCAUGAGACAUCCAAACUGUAAUUAGAACGAGAAGUAGACAGAAAGGUGUCGUUUGCAGGCCAAAGGAAACACAGUAAGGAACUGAGAACCAGAGAUAGAUGUCAACUGGCAUCAGUCAUAUGAUAAAACACUAAAAGACAGUGCAGUUGCCUGAGUGACACCCUAGUAAGUGAAGAGGAGUGCUGAAGGAAGAGUGUGUGAAGAGUUGCACACAAUAUAAAAAACACAAUACAAACACAAAGCACAGACCAGUACAGAGACUUAGAUACAAAAUAUGGAAGUGACCUAGACUUCAGCUAAACAGUUGAUAGCAUUUCCACUGUAUACACAUCCACAUAAAACAGAAAAGAGACAGCAAGAGAUAGCGACAAGUUGCUGCGCUGAGAAACCCGAAUUCAUCACAGUGCUUUGGAUACUGCUGACCUCUGGCUACAAGAAAUGGACCUGCUUUUUCUGUUAAUUCUCGGAAUUCGUAUGGCUGUGUCAUCAGUGACGACACAUACAGGAUCUACAGCUGUCUCCACAACCUUCUCCGCACCCAGUCCGGAAAUUCACAUGGAAUUUACGCUCAAUUUGACAUUCAAGAAAGACCUUAGGAAUUCAUCUUCUGAGAAGUUCCUGUUCCUGGCAAAAAAUAUAACAAAAGCGUUAGACUCAUUGUAUGGAAGGAAAUAUCCGUUCAUUGGCACUAUGGUGACAGGCUUCAGACCUCUGCCUUCCUAUGGGUUGUCAAAGCAGAAAGGAGUACAAAAACAAUGGAGCAAAACAGCAAACCACAGAUAUGUACAUAUUCUGCCACAAUGUCUUCAUCUCAGGGAAGGUUCCGUUGUGGUCAGUGUCUCUUUGAUCUUCUACAACGUCAGCGUGAUGCCCGGCCUUGGUGAGGUGCAAGAGAUACUGAGAGCCUCCAAUCUCACCCUGCCAUUGGUGCCAUGCUCCAUCAGUGCCUCACAUCCUACUCCACCUCCGCCAGUCACUACAGUCAGUAAGCAAUCUUCAAAAGGUCCAUCUACUACACUGACAAAUUAUCAUACAUUCACUUUACCACAAAACACACUUUCUCAGAAUCCAGUAAAAAGAACCCAGCAAACAGUAACCAUCCAACAUAAUACUGAAAAUGCAGCAUCUCCAAAAUCAACCACUUUAAGAAAAACCACUACAAUUACAAAACCCACAUCUCCAAAAUCAGUCACUUUAAGAAAAACCACUACAAUCGCAAAACCCACAUCUCCAAAAUCAACUGCUUUAAGAAAAACCACUACAAUCACAAAACCCACAUCUCCAAAAUCAACUGCUUUAAGAAAAACCACUACAAUUACAAAACCCACAUCUCCAAAAUCAAAUACUUCAAGAAAAACCACUAAAAUCGCAAAAUCCACACCUCCAAAACCAAGCAGAACUACAAAAAAUACUGUAACAAUAUUGAUGAAUUUUUCUGACCCAACUACUACCAUAAACAGUACCAGAGUCCAUCAACCCAGCACUGGCACAGUGACCACUGGUACAAAUAGUACCACAGGUCAUCUACCCCACACUGGUAAACUCACCUCUGAUGUACAUAGUAUUCCUCUACCCAACACUGAUGUACUGACGAUUGGUACAAAUAUUACCACAGCUCCUGAACCCAGCACUGGCACAGUGACCACUCGUAUAAAUAGUACCACAGGUCAUCUACCCCACACUGGUAAACUCACCUCUGAAAUACAUAGUACUCCACUACCUAACACUGAUACACUGACUAUUGGUACAAAUACUACCACAGCUCCUCAACCCAGCAUUAUCACAGUGACCACUGGUAUAAAUAGUACCACAGGUCAUCUACCCCACACUGGUAAACUCACCUCUGAAAUACAUAGUACUCCGCUACCCAACACUAAUACACUGACUAUUGGUACAAAUACUACCACAGCUCCUCAACCCAGCAUUAUCACAGUGACCACUGGUAUAAAUAGUACCACAGGUCAUCUACCCCACACUGGUAAACUCACCUCUGAAAUACAUAGUACUAAACUACCCAACACUAAUACACUGACUAUUGGUACAAAUAUUACCACAACUCCUGAACCCAGCAUUAGCACAGUGAUCAGUGGUAUAAAUAGUACCACAGGUCAUCUACCCCACACUGGUAAACUCACCUCUGAAAUACAUAGUUCUCCACUACCCAACACUAAUACACUGACUAUUGGUACAAAUAUUACCACAGCUCCUCAACCCAGCACUGGCACAGUGACCACUGGUAUAAAUAGUACCACAGGUCAUCUACCCCACACUGGUAAACUCACCUCUGAAAUACAUAGUACUCCACUACCCAACACUAAUACACUGGCUAUUGGUACAAAUAUUACCACAACUCCUCAACCCAGCAUUAGCACAGUGAUCACUGGUAUAAAUAGUACCACAAAUCAUCUACCCCACACUGGUAAACUCACCUCUGAAAUACAUAGUACUCCACUACCCAACACUGAUACACUGACUAUUGGUACAAAUACUACCACAGCUCCUCAACCCAGCACUGGCACAGUGAUCACUGGUAUAAAUAGUACCACAGGUCAUCUACCCCACACUGGUAAAUUCACCUCUGAAAUACAUAGUACUAAACUACCCAACACUAAUACACUGACUAUUGGUACAAAUAUUACCACAACUCCUGAACCCAGCAUUAGCACAGUGAUCAGUGCUAUAAAUAGUACCACAGGUCAUCUACCCCACACUGGUAAACUCACCUCUGAAAUACAUAGUUCUCCACUACCCAACACUAAUACACUGACUAUUGGUACAAAUAUUACCACAGCUCCUCAACCCAGCAUUGGCACAGUGACCACUGGUAUAAAUAGUACCACAAAUCAUCUACCCCACACUGGUAAACUCACUUCUGAAAUACAUAGUUCUCCACUACCCAACACUAAUACACUGACUAUUGGUACAAAUAUUACCACAGCUCCUCAACCCAGCAUUGGCACAAUGACCACUGGUAUAAAUAGUACCACAGGUCAUCUACCCCACACUGGUAAACUCACCUCUGAAAUACAUAGUACUCCACUACCCAACACUAAUACACUGACUUUUGGUACAAAUAUUACCACAGCUCCUGAACUCAGCAUUGGCACAGUGACCACUGGUAUAAAUAGUACCACAAAUCAUCUACCCCACACUGGUAAACUCACCUCUGAAAUACAUAGUACUCCACUACCCAACACUGAUACACUGACUAUUGGUACAAAUACUAUCACAACUCCUCAACCCAGCAUUAGCACAGUGAUCAGUGGUAUAAAUAGUACCACAAAUCAUCUACCCCACACUGGUAAACUCACCUCUGAAAUACAUAGUACUCCACAACCCAACACUAAUACACUGACUAUUGCAUUGGCACAGUGA